AUGCAACAACUCUCGUCAGCCUCACAUGCUGACUUCGUCGAAAAGAUCGGGGUCGCUGACCCAGAGCCAGCUUUCAGUCAUCACGACCUCCUAUGUAAAGAUAUUUACGCAAAGAGCUCGAAGGGUUUAGAACGGCUGGGUCGGUUUAUCCAGGACAGAGAGGCUCGGGAAAAGGAACGAGCAGACUGGUCGCGGAACAGAUACAGGUACCAGAUUGAGUCCGCAAGGCUUUGGAAAGACCUCCAAGAGUGCGCAAACCACUUGAAGCAACCACCUGUGGAAUUGCCGCCCUUGGAUCCAGAUGCCUUCAACCCGUGGGCUGUCGAAUCAGAAACGAGUGCUCCAUUCACUGCACCAACGUUUGGAGCCCCAGCACGACCCACAGCUGUUCGCAAAGCGAAGGGGCUCUUCUCACCGUAUGCCUCGAUGAGUGACUUGGCGGCGGCCUUCCAUGCACCCGAAGAUGGAGGUCGCCGCUUAGCACAGCGUGCAAGAUCACAGACAGAGGUAUCAGUGCUGCGACCAACACCCGGCCGAAGACCUCGCGGCUUGAUGAAAGGAGGCCCCAAGCAGGAGAUCGUGUGGCCUGGUGGUUGGAUACCAAAACAAUCAGUCGGAAGUCGAGGCCUCCCGCCAGGUUUCAUCACUGCCAAAGCCUUCCCGAGCGGUCAGGUGAUGUAUCCGAAAGACAGAUGGUUCCCGCCAGAGAAGACAGCGCCAAGCUGA